AUGGAGAAAACUUGGUUUGCUGUUUUGCAUGCAGUGUUGUUACUGCAUUGUCUUGCAGCAGCUUGUUUAGCUAACAGUGUACCCAACAUUACCAGUGACCUAUCUUCUCUUCUUGCCUUGAAAGCCCAUAUCACUUUUGAUCCACAUGGUGUCUUGGCCAACAACUGGUCCACAGCUACCUCCAUCUGCAACUGGAUUGGAGUCACUUGCGGCACCACCCGCCCCUCACGAGUGACAUCCCUGAACAUUUCUAACAUGGCUCUUGAAGGCACCAUUCCUCCGCACCUUGGUAACCUCUCGUUUCUGGUUUCCCUCGACCUUCAUAACAACAAUUUCAGUGGUCAACUGCCUCGUGAGUUAAGUCAUUUGCGUCGAUUGAAAUUCAUCAACCUGGGAGUUAACAAAUUCAGUGGACAGCUCCCGUCGUGGUUGGGUGACUUGACUGAACUACAACAACUACUUCUUGCUAACAACAGUUUUACAGGUACUAUCCCACCUUCCUUGUCCAACGCAUCCAACUUAGAGACCUUGAAUUUUUCUACCAAUUUUCUACAAGGAAUGAUUCCGCAAGAGAUUGGUGAUCUUCGUAACUUGAAGUAUCUAAACGCGGAAUUUAACCAGCUAACAGGUUCUAUGCCACUCACCAUCUUCAACAUGUCGUUAUUGCAAGUGAUUGCCUUUUCAGACAAUGGCAUAUCUGGUGGUCUCCCAACGAAUAUGUGCCAUCGUCUUUCAAAUCUCCAAGGGAUUUAUCUAUCUCACAACGAGUUACAGGGCCAAAUUCCAUCAAGUUUAUACGAGUGCUCACAGCUUCAAGUUUUGUGGCUGUCGUAUAACAAAUUUAGUGGACUCAUUCCUACAGGGAUUGGGAAUUCAACUGUGCUUAAGGUUUUAGUGCUUGACCGUAACAACUUCAAAGGUGAAAUUCCGCAAGAGAUGGGUAAUCUUAAUUUGGAGUUUUUAUCAAUGGAGUAUGCCGGCCUCACUGGUUUCAUUCCAUAUUCCAUCUUUAACAUCACCACUUUGAAAAAGCUUCAUCUUGCUGGAAAUAACUUAACUGAUGAAGGGGAGAAAAUGUAUUUUCUUAGUGAAAAGAUGAUGUUCUCUAAUUACAAGAGAAUGAGAAUCAUCAUGACUUCAUACCUCAAAGCAUGCGAUUUGUGGGAUGUUGUUGGAGAAGAGCCAAAGAAUGGCAUGUCCAACAAGCUUCAUGAAAAGAAAGAAGAUAAGAUGCUCGAGACCAUCGUUUCCAAUCAUAGAGGUGAAUCACUACCCAUGGAGUAUUGGGUACAAUGCUUUGAGAAUGAUGAGUUUAUGAAAGAUGAUUAUGAAAGUCUUGAAGACAAAGUUGUGGAGAAUGAAGAGGUGUAUCAUGCAAAAGAAGUUGAAGAUUUUGGAGAUUUAAAAGUUGAAGGAGAAUUUGAAAUGGUGAAUAAGGAAGAGGUAAGAAAAGGUGUUAAAGAAGAGAUUGAAAAAGUGAAGGAGGAUGAAGUGAAAAUAGAAGAUUUAGAAGAAGGAAGUGCUAAAGAAGAGGCAAAAGUUCAAGUUGGUGAAUUAACAUCUUCAGAAGAAGUAUAUGUGAAGUUGAAGAUCCAUAAAAAAUUUAAGAAGAAAAAAGAUCGAUGGUGUGCUUGUAUAAAGAGGAUGAUAUAUGAUUAUGUGAAGACAUCAAACAAGCAUUUGAAGAAGUUUCACAAGCCCUACACAUCAAUGGAAAUGGCCAAGAAGAUUGAAGCUAUUGAAGGAGGUGGAAUUGAAGAUCAACUAUCGAACUUUUGA